UUAUACCGUAGGUCAUAUUAAAAUUGUUUCUGGUAUUUGAUCGUUUUAAAAGUAAUUUAAAUAUCUGUAAAUUUAAAAAAGUUAAAAUAGAAUUUUGUGGAAGUGCGGCUCUGAGUUUCAUAUAAUCCUGACAUAUUUUACUAGUAACAUUUCGAUUUUCCCUAAAAUAGAAGGUUGUGUGUGUGUGAGUAGGGCUUGCGAUGUCGGAUAUAGGUAGUGGAGAUGAAGGUUCUAGUUCGCAAAAAUAUCACGGUAUGGAGCAAGGAAGUGAAUAUGACUCAGGUCAACAGGGUCAGAUGGAACAAGAAUUGGCAACAAAAAUGCUACAGAUUCAGAGUAAAAGGUUCUAUUUAGAUGUGAAACAAAAUAGAAGGGGUAGAUUUAUUAAAGUUGCAGAGAUUGGAGCUGAUGGUAGAAGAUCACAGAUAUUUCUUGCUUUAUCAACUGCCGCAGAGUUUCGAGAUCAUCUUUCCACAUUUAGCGACUACUAUUCUUCUCUCGGUCCACCUAAUCCCGACAACGUUCCUGAAGAUGGGAAACUCAAGUCUGAAAUGAUGAUUAAAGACAAUCGUCGCUACUAUCUGGAUCUGAAAGAAAAUUCACGAGGGCGCUUUUUGCGCGUCUCUCAAACCAUUACCAGAGGGGGACCUCGUUCGCAAGUAGCUAUCCCAGCACAAGGGAUGAUUGAAUUUAGAGAUGCCCUAACAGAUCUGUUGGAUGAAUUUAGUACCGACGAGCAUGCAUAUAAGCCCGAUUUACCUGAGGGCAGACAUAUGCAUGUGGAUAAUAAAAAUUUCUAUUUUGACAUAGGUCAGAAUAAUCGUGGAGUUUAUAUGCGUAUAUCCGAAGUGAAAACGAAUUUUCGCACCGCCAUAACGUUGCCUGAGAAGUGCUGGUCGCGGUUUCGUGACAUUCUCAGCGAUUACUGCGACAAAAUUAAACAGCCUGCGGGGGGCAGCGUCCCCCAGUUAGGUGGAGGACCGGACCAACCACACCCAUUGGUUGGCAAUAAUACCCAACAAGAUGGUGGAACGAGUUUAAAGUAGGCUAGGAGCCGAUUUUAGACUAAAAAUAUUAGAUUUAUUAAAAUAUAACAAAUUAAAAAAAUUGGAUAGACGCUGUCGUCACUUUAGCGCCCCACGUAUUUUUUGUAUGUUUAACAGAUGUUCAGUCUGAUUUUGGCAGAGGAGCAGCACUAACUUUCAAAAGUUAACUGUUUUUUUAACCACAAAACGAAAAUAGAUUGAACAAAUUAUUAGCUCCAAAAAAAUAAUGGUUAACUUUUGUUUGGAUGAUUUUACGGAGAUGUGAUAUAGCUGGUAUGUGAUAUAUUUAACAGAGAGAUUUAUAUUAAAUUCAGUUUAAAACUGAAACAGACAGUAAUUUUAUUAAAUAAGGUUACUGUUGAAAUACGCUUAGGGAUGAAAAAAUUAUCUUAUAAUAAUUUUAGUCCUGUUCCUAAGAAAUGAUUGUAUAAAGCGUAGAGGUGGGGCUAUAAAUGGACGAUAGAAUAAUUGAGAACAGUAACCAAGUUGGUUUUUGUGCAGUGUUAAACCAGAGACACAUCUGUUAGAUUCUCUAUUAUAUGUUAUUAAAGAAAUACUAAAAAUUAUUAUUUAUUUCUUUUAUGUUGUUGAAACACGUCUGUGUUUGAUAUGAUUAAAGAGGGUUUUGGGUGAAAUUGAAAUUCAUUUUAUAAUAUAUAAAUUUCCUAUUUGCCAAAGGAUAAAUAAUUUAAUCAAUUCUUUAAAGAAUAGUGUUACUCUGUAGUUGUCUUAUUUUAUUCUUGUAAUUUUUUCUUUAUCAGCAUUAUUCAGGAAGAAAAAAAUCUAAGUAUACUAAUUUUGUCUAUUAUACAGGUGGUGCAAUGCAGUGUGGAAAAUUGCAUCUAAAUGCUUAUUUAUUUUUAUAAAAUGUUUCUUAUUUUCAAUUCAUAGGCACAUAGGGCCAGUAUUAGAAAUUUUGCCAAUAUACAAGGUGGUCCAGAAAGUUCUGGGUGAAUGAGGGCUAUAAGAAAUUGAAAAACAUGUUUCUAUUUCGCGAAUAUUUAUCAAAAUUUGGAAUUGAUUUUGUAAAUUGCAUAUUUUGACAGAUAUUUGCAAAAAACUGAUUUUUCGGCCAUUUGGGACCAUUUUUCGUAUAAAGCUGGCCGAGUACGGUGUUACAAAUUUUCCCCUAAAGCUACUCCCCAAAAAGUUUUGCUUAAAAAAUCAUGGUCGACGAAUUAAGCCGAAACUUGGGCCUCUUCCUGUCCUUAUUAUGAUAUAUUAUCCUACAAAUAAAGAAAGAAAAUAAAUAUUAAUAGACGUUGUUAGGAUAUCCAGUUUUGCCGAAGGCAAAUUUCAAAUUGAGUAUAGUAGGAUUAUGUGUUUAAUAUUGAAAUACAAAAAUAUGACAGGUCUUUCGUUUUAAAGUCAGUACAAUAAUUUAAAAUGAGAUAUGUCAUCGAUGUUAAGCAAUGAUAUGCUACGUUUAAUAAUAAUUUAGCUUUCUAACCUCGAUUUAAGAAUGUUAUGAUAAAUAAUGGCUACAUUGCCUUAUGAGGAAGGAUUGUUUGUAAGAAUAAGUUUUCCUCCUACCUGGUUGAACCACACUGUAUAGUGUAUUUUUAUAUCUAAGUCAUAUUUAGUUUAGGAUUGCUAGUCAGAUUGUAUAACUAUUACAUGUAUAUAGUGUUUCUGUUAUGUUGUUAACAUAAAUAUUUUAAAAUUGCGCGAAGUUUACUGAAUAAUGAACAAUCUUAUUAACAAUGAAGAGAGAGUUUGUAAGUGAUUUUGUGCCAAAUUUUUGGUGGAAGGGGCUGAUAAAUCUGUAUAGCUUUGUAGUUUCUAAGGGGGCUAAGAGGAUCAUCAUAACUUAAAACCUACUUUACGUAACUGUAGUAUUUCAAUUUCACCUGAUCGUACCCGAAAUCUUUUCUGCAAAGGUUUAAAGGGCACCACAAACUUUUUUUUGUGAUUUAUGAAAUAUAUGUAAAAUGAUGCAAAAUGUUACAGCUUGGCUGUCAAUAUUUUGUCUCGCAGCUCUGUGAUUUUUCUAUUGUCUUUGUAAAGAAAGAAAAGCUGUAAGCUUUAUAUUUUUAUUAUAUUUAUUAACUGUAUAAUUUGAUUAUACUUUUUGUGAGUUAUUGUUACUUGAACAUUUUUUUCUGGAAAAUCAAAUAAAUGAAAUUAUUUAAAACAACACAAAAAUUGUUUUUAUGUUUGUCUAGUCAGUGUUUCGCCGGAUAUUUCAAGAAAAAUACGAUCAUAAAAAGAUGUUCAAUGUUAUAAAGCUAUAAAAUUCCAAAAUGUUAUCAAUAUUUGCAUAUGUUUUUUGUUGGUCAGUUUUGUAUAACUACAUAGUAGUGAUCAAAUUAAUAGAUCAAAACAUCUGAAUGAUGUUGAAUUUUAAUAAUUAACAGUUCAUGAUGUAGGGAAGGUGUUAGUUCUUUCUCACUGCCAAAGUUGUGCUUUUUAUUGACAAUAUUGUUUAAUUUUCCGAAUGAUUUUAAAAAUUCUAAUUUACAGAGUUAGUAAUGUGAAGUAAUUCUGUGACCAUUUGAGUUUAAUUACUAUUAAAUAUGAUUGAUGUUAAUGUGUUUUAUAAAGGGCAGUUAAUUGUAAGGCACUUUACGUUUCCUCCAUAAAAUAUUGAGGGGUAAUAUUGGAAUUAAAGAGAUAUUUUUAAAAAA